AUGCGAUGCAUCGUCAUGGACGGCACUCUAAACUUGAUCAUGGGGCACCACCUCGCGAGUCGGAGGUCUUCCCGAUCAUACGUGCCAAGCCAGGCUUAUCCAAGACAAGAAAAGGGAAAAGAAGAGAGAAAAACUCCGUCGUUGGUUGGCCGUGAGCGCGCAGUCAAGGCCGCCGCCCGCUCGUGCCUCGCCCACCAUGAAGGUCGCCACCAUCCUCAGCUUCGCGGCGCUGUCCUCGGCGCACGCCAUCUUCCAAAAGUCUCCGUCAACGGCGUAGACCAGGGCCUCCUGUACGGCGUGCGCGCCCCUUCGUCCAACAACCCCAUCGAGAACGUCAACGACGCCGAGUUCGCCUGCAACAAGGGCAUCCAGCACAAGGACAACAACGUCAUCACCGUGCCCGCCGGCGCCAAGGUCGGCGCCCGCUACCAGCAUGUUAUCGGCGGGCCGCAGGGCGCCUUUGAUGCGGAUAACCCCAUCGCCUCCAGCCACAAGGGUCCCAUCAUGGUCUACCUCGCCAAGGUCAGCAACGCCGCCACCACCGGCACCACCGGCCUAAAAUGGUUCAAGAUCGCCGAGGAGGGCAUCACAGGCACCACCUGGGCCCUCCUCGCCCUGCACAGCGCCACCGGCGUCGGCGGCGCCCAGUUCUACAUGGAGUGCGCCCAGAUCCGCGUCACCGGCUCCGGCACCAACGAUGGCUCCGGCAGCACCGUCAGCUUCCCCGGCGCCUACUCCUCCAGCGACCCCGGUAUCCUCACCAGCGGAGGCGGCAACACCGGCGGCGCGGCCCUGUACGCCCAGUGCGGCGGAAUGGGCUGGAGCGGUCCCACGACGUGCGCGCAGGGCAAGUGCACCAAGUCCAACGACUGGUACAGCCAGUGCCUCCCGUAA